AAUUUGAUCAAAGUGAACAGAACACUGUAGUGAUCACAACAGGACUUUUUAUGACUUUAAUUAAAUGAUAAUUGGAGCCGAAGGUUUCCUAUCACCUUUAACGUUGUUUAAACUUCGGGUUAGCCGUUAGCUUAGCUUCCUCACCGGAAAGAAGAAGCUCUAGUUAUUUGACACGGUGGAGUCCAAGAUGGAGGACAUGUACAUUAAACCAGGUAUUGGCAGGUGAUGUUUGCUUUACUGAGUGUCUGUCCUGUCAGACUAACGGCUGGGACGAUCGAUGUCUUUAAUCCCAGGAAUGUAACCAGGAGCGGGGUUGGAAUGACCCUCCUCAGUUCUCUUAUGGCCUCCAGAUGGCCCAUGGACCACAGAGGAACCCCCUAAACAAGAGAGCAGCUCCACCUGCUUCUGGUGCAGGAGCCCCGCCCCCUAUCCCUGCUUCCUCCAACCCUCUGGCUCCACCCCCAUGUGGUAUAGCCCCGCCCCCUCUACACCCAGCUCGCCCUCCACUUGCCUGCAUGGCUACACCCACUCCUCCCUCAGGGCCAAUGAGAAGUCAGAGAGAGGCCGACAGCAGCCAAUCAGAGCAGUCAGGGAGUGAGCCUGAUGUGGAGGUGGUGGUGUCAGUGCUGGAGCGAGCGCUGACCGUCUGCAGACAGACUGUUAAAGAUCAGGUGUGUAAUGACGUGGCAAAGAGGCUCCGCUUCCUGGAGGACAGCUGGAGGUCAGGUAGACUGAGCCUACCUGUCAGGAGACGCAUGGACACCCUGGCUCAAGAGUUGCAGUUGGGUCACUGGGAUGCAGCUGAUGAGAUCCAUCGCUCUCUGAUGGUCGAUCAUGUGACCGAGGUCAGUCAGUGGAUGGUUGGCGUCAAACGACUCAUUGCUGAGACCCGGAUGCUGAGUCCAGAACUCCUAGAACCACUGCAGAAACCUGCAGAACCAGUCCAGGACUCUGCAGAACCAGUCCAGGACCCAGUCUCCCAGUCCUGACCCUUUAGUCCUGCAGGACUCUCUCUCCAGCAGGUUUCUGUCUUCUCUUGACAAACUGUAACUCUUCUAAUGACCUGGUGUUGAUAAUCCUUACAUCACACUUCAGCAGAGGGUCAAAGGUCAGAGCCCCAGGAGCAGGUAGGAGGUCGGCAGGAACAGACUUACUGUUCUCCUGUUCUGGACUAGACUGUAUCUGGACUCGGGACUCGGGACUCGGGACUCUGGACUCUGGACUCUGGACUCUGGACUCUGGACUCUGGACUCUGGUCUCUGGACUCUGGACUCUGGACUCUGGACCUUGAACUCUCUGCAGUGACAGUAAAGCUCAUCAGGAACAAACUGUUGAUGUGGGAAUAAAUCUUCUUCUCUCUUUCUGUGUCAGAGCGUUGUUGACUCUCUGAGUGCUUUUAUUCUGGAGCAGGGAUCCUCAGAGACCUGAUCCGGACCCUGUGGAUCCCUGGUCCCGUCUCAGUGAAGUGGAUCUUGAAAUGUGACGUUACAGCUCACAUGACGACGCUGACUGUAUCUGUAUUUUAUGACCUGGUCUGUGUCAGGCUGCUGCAGCUUCACAUUAAAAGCAUCGAACUGA